AUGAUGCCGGCACGAGCACAACUUCGAUGCCGGUUAGGAUACAACGCUGCUAAGAUGAGCUGCAUACGGUGGUUACUAGUUGUCACUUUCCUCCUGCUCACCGCCAGCGACGCACGACGUGCGGUAGCUGAGCGCUCGCAUCCUUAUCGUCGAGUGGAAAUUCGCGUAGAAGAUUUCUCAUUUUCGGAUGGUCCUGAGGAGAAGCAACAGGUUUCGAUUGAAGCUCAAGAUAUCAAAAGCUCAGAAGUGCAGCCAUGGCCAGAAAAAGAUAUUCACGUUGUGACAUGGGAGGCAACAGACGAGAUCUUGAACACUGAGAUCAAAUCGGAGAAGAAGGACAAGUCUAAGCUGCCAGCUGUAGCUGAGGAAGAUGAGGUCGUCGACUUGGCAGUGCAGGCAGCUCUUGCUAGAGCUAAGGGUGACGCAGCAUUAGAGCGAUACGUGUCGUACCGCACAGCAGUGUGGUGGUGGAGAGAGGACAAGACCGAGCUUACGACACAGGAACAAGCCGCCGUGUUGGCUGUGGUCGUGGCCAUGUUAUUGGUCUUUGGUCUUAUUACUGCUUUGCUGUGGAAUGUCGGCUGGUACGUGUGGCGUUUUUAUUGUGAACGCCGUACAUUGAGUAAGCUUUUUAAUGAAGAUGACCCCGCAAAGCUAGAGCAAGCUAUAUGCAAAUUUCCUGCCGAAAUUUUAUCCUUAAGAAUUAAGCAAAUUGCCUGUGUCAGGCUAAGACACGUACAAGUAUUGUGUAACGCAAGAGAGUUUAAGCAGCAACUUGAAGCGGUGACAUUUAACGAAUUAACUAUGGAACUUCGAAAUAUGCCGCUUCAUCCGACGACGAAGAAGGACAUGACGUUUGCAGAAAUCAUGACUACUGUGGAGGAAAUUGCAUGCAGAGGAGAACAGGUUGCAGUUGAGAUGAUGCAGUUAGUAGUCCCUUCACGUUGGAAGAGAUACGUGAACGAAGAUUUGUGGCUUCAUGCGCAGGAUGAAUGCUUACAAAGUUUGCAUUUGGAAAAUGCUCGCGUCCAACAAUAUUCCGAACAAAUAUCUGAAGUAAUCGUGAGCAAAAUGAACUCGAGUAAAUCUCUUCCAAAAUCAGUUUUCCUUCAAUUGCUUGCGUCACUUCGUCCAAAUUCUGGAACGCCUCCACAAAAUGUGGCUAACGGAAAUGCGACGUCAAGCGAGCUGGACGCGUUUGCUAGGUGCUGGAGUGGAAGCAUGACAAUGAGUGGGAGUGUAAGCAAUUUGGGAGGAGGACUCAAAGACAAAGACGAAUUUGGUUUUUUGCUGAAGGCAUUUGAGGAGAAAGCCGAGCAACAGAAGAUUCAGCAGGAACUACAUAGUGCCAUCGAGAGCUUUCAGUCAGCACACGAACCAGAACACGAGCAGUUGUUAUUGCUCGAAAAUACUAAGACCUCAAGUAAUAAUCAACUUAUUCAGCGGACCACACAGCUUGGUGCAGCGACAGCUGCAAGUAGUGGCGCAAGUGCAGCGUCCAUGCGUCGGUUAGAGCGCUGGGUGGACCAAGCUGAAGUGAUGGAGAUGACCUACGUGGACGAGGUAGAAAGUGCGCAGUUUCUGCUGGAAGAUGCCCGACGUGACAGCUUCUGCGCAGCCAUUGUCAGUAAUGAAGGCAAAGGACUUGAUAGCGUCCAGACGCUGGCAACAAAUUUUGUGGCACUAGGAGCCAAACGAGAAGACGCAAUAUUGAAAGCUGGUGAGAUCUUAGCGAAUCGCUCGAAUAUGAUGCUUUUAGUCAAUAGUCUUCGUGGUAUGUUUGAUCAGCUUCGCAAGCGUGAUAUCAUGAAGAUGAAUGAGCGUCGAAAUCGUGAUCGUAUUAAAGCGCAAAACAAACGCGACCGCUUGACUCAAAAGUUUUUUAACAAACAACGAUUGAUUGCUGAGAAAAUUGAUCGAACUCGCGAAGCACAGCGACAACGCGAAGAAGAAGCGCGUUUGCAAAGACGAAUGGAGGAGCUAAACGAAUCGCGUGCACAGCAUGCGCGAGAUCGGGCAACUUUCGUGUGGAAAAUCACGAAAAUUGAUGUACUUGUCGUGCUUGUCAUCAUGUCGAUCGUUUUCUUCGAAAACGUGCGAGAAGUGGCGUUUGUGAAGCCAUUGUGCCAACCGAACGAGGAGCACCAUUGGUGGAUGGUAUCGUGGUGGGCUCCAACGUCCAUGCAGAUUUUCGGUUGUGAAGUGGCUUAUGGCAUUAAGAUUUUAGGUAUCCUCGCUGCGCUCGGUGUUCUUUUUUUCGUGGUGGCACAAUUAAAUCUCGUGGCUAUUAUGCUCCCUGUAAUUGGUGGUAUCGCUUUAUACUUUGUGCGUGACGAGUGGAUGAAUAUGCUCUUUCGUCUUCCAUUGUUGCUGGUUAUUUACGGAUUCAACAUGGGUGUCUUGUAUCUCUUCAAUCGCUUUGAAGACCACAGCAAAGACGAUCAUGUGAUUAAGGGCGAUAGCAAAAAAGCAAUAAUUCAUGCUACUAAGCAGCGGAGAAUGUUGCUAUACGUUGUGUUUCCGCUUAUCUCACUUUUCCUCACACUGGUGACGGGUAUCGGCAUCGCUUGUGAUGCUCCAGAUCAGUGCGUCGUAACAGCAUAUGCGGCCGUUUUGCCUGUAGUUGCAGGUUUGUGGGAACUUAUACGUGGUGCUUAUGGAUUGUAG